AUGAAGAAGAGAGAGGAGCAACAGAAACAGGCUGGAGAACAUGGGGAAGCGUGCAGGAAACAUUGGAGGAAGAGAAUGGGUGCAGAGGCGGUCCAGAUUCCAAAUCCAUCCUUUCCAUCAUCACUCAGUUGUGAAGCACUAGCUUGUUGGACCAAGAAGAAGUACAAUCGAAGUUGUUUUGAAACAAGCCGAAGAAAAGAAACAAGGAUUGAAAAAAUGAACAUGACAAUCUCUUCUACAGUUUGCUCUACAAUCCUCAUGUUACCCAAAUCAACAACGCUUAAGCCUCCUAAUUCUCAGAUUCAGCCGCCCCGAAUUGGCUGUGGUUGUGGCGGCGGUGGGUUGCUCAUAGAGUGCUCUUCAAGGCCGCAGAAGAAGGCAACAGCUCAUCACAUGAAGACAAGGCCAAGAAAGAGUCAGCCAUGGGAUAUAAGGCGCAAACCCACUGUUUAUCCUCCUCUCCCUCCUCUUCCUCCUGAUUGGACUCUUGUUUCCUCUGAUGACCCCAAUGGUGAUGGUGGUUCUACUACUGAGGCUGCUUUGCCUUCUGCUCCUUCUUUACAGGCACCAGUUACGAGUGGGUAGUUAGCAGUCUGUUGUUUUAUCAUGUUUUUCGCUUCUAUUUGAUAUUUUUAGUUUGGUAUUUUCAAUUUAUAUGCUUCUUGUUCUGUAUUUUUAUUGUUAAAUCUAAUGAAUUUAUGUAUUGAGAUCGAGCUUUUGUCUAUGACUAUUAUCAGUUUGAGAUAGAACUGAAAGAGAGGGAAAAACCAGUCAAUUGGCCCUCUAUUGUGAUUCUGGACUUUUACCUGUAUGCUCAUCACUUGCAAUCAAAUGUUUGGCACUAAUUUAGAAUUUUACCCAA